AUGCCUUCGCUAUUAGUACCUGAUAUUGAUCCGCCAGCGCUGGUCGUCGUCACAGGCGCCAACGGAUUCAUUGCUCAGCAUUGCGUCGCUGCACUGCUCGUAGCCGGCUUUCAGGUUGUUGGGACAGUCAGGAGUGCCGCCAAAGUCGAGACUGUAAUAAAGACACAUCAUGCACACCCCAAACUGCGGGUUGUCGUCAUCGAAGACCUCACAGACGUCCAGAGAUAUCUCGAGAUUCUUGAGCCUCUAUCGCCAACUGCCAUUUUCCACAUUGCUGGGCCGUUUCACUACGACGCAAAGAACUUUGAGGAGGAGAUGAUGGUCCCCGCGGUAAAGGGAUCACUGGCGGUUUUGGAGGUGGCAGCAAAGAUUGAAAGCAUCCGGCGAGUCGUUCACACAAACAGCUUUGCGUCAAUAUACGACGCCGCAGCCGGCCCCAGCCCGGGGAAAAUCUACACGUCUCAGGACUGGAGUCCGCUGGAGUACGAGGACGGAGUCAAAGCGGACAAUGCGCCCACGGCGUAUCGCGCGAGCAAGGCGGCGGCUGAAAAGGCGGCAUGGAAGUUUAUGGAGAAGAAGAGGCUCGGAUUCGAUCUUGUCAGCUUGUGUCCCGCCAUGGUGUUUGGUCCUUUUCUACCAGAGGCUAAGCCGACGACGAUUGCCGGUGUCAACACGAGCAAUCUCCUGCUCUGGGCAGCUAUUUCUGCCGGUCGAGACAAGGCGGUGCCGCCGACAAAGGGGCCCGUCUGGGUUGACGUGCGUGAUGUGGCAGAUGCCCACGUUCAAGCUCUCCGAUGGGUAGGACUUGGUGGCGGCCGCUAUCUCCUGGCUUCUGGCGUUUACUGCAACCAGGAGCUCGCAGAUGUAAGCAGGCGGAUGUUCCCAAAAUACGGGGACAGAAUCCCGAUUGGCGAGCCUGGCAAACGGGAGUCCCACACGCACUUUGGCAUCAGCACUGAAAAGACGGAUAAUCAUCUGGGGGUGAAGUGGAGGAGCCUGGAGGAUAGUCUGGCUGAUGUGGUGCCUCAACUGUUUGAGAUUGAGAAGGGUCAGACUUGA